GACCAUACAAUCCUGAAAGUGCUAAAAUGUUUGCUUAUAUUUUUGGACAUUAUUUGAGUACAAUACAGAUUUCUUAUUCAGUGACUAGUGUACUACUUGACAACAAUAAAGAAUAUCCUUAUUUUCACACUACAAUUCCAAAUGAUGAGUAUUUUAAUGUUGUUAUAAGUAAGCUACUGGAUAACUUUGAUUGGAAGAAAGUGGCCAUUAUAUCAACAUUUGAUGAAGAAAGUGUAUUGGCCUCACAAUAUAUGUUUAAAAAACUUAAGCAUGACAAAAAGCAAGUUCAUCUUUUUCAUUCCUUUAUAAACUCUGCUGAAAGUAUUCUUAACUCUUCAAAGGAGCAUGAUUUUAGAAUAUUUCUUGCUAUCAUGGACACAAGGGCAGCCAGAAAUUUACUUUGCCAGGCUUAUCAUGCUGGUCUUACUACUGCUAAGCAUGUAUGGAUAUUACGUGGUAUGACUAAUCCUAAUUGGUGGAGAGUAGGAGUUGUAAAUGGAACUGAUUGUACAACAAUGAAAUGAAGAAAGCUAUAGAAUCAGCUCUGUUUGUUGACACGCAAUCAUCUAUACUGACAGUUAUAAACUAU